ACUGACAGAAACACAGAAGAGCACUGCUUCCCUUACCAGCCAUUUGCUACUACAUGGUUAAAGCCUGCCACAGCUCUGUCAUCAGAAACCAGGCUCCAACUGAAACAAAAGCGGGGACGAGUCUUUACAUGAUCUACUGUGCUGAAAAUAGAAAAACAUUGACAGAAAGUCUUCAAAUGGAGUUUUUCAACUCUGCUCUUGGGAGAAACAUCACUUUUGUGCGUCCUGCUUAUUUCAUAAUAGGUGGUUUUAUUGGCAUACCUAAUAUUAAGUAUUACUAUGUCUUUCUCUUUUUUAUUUACAUUCUUUCAGUGCUGGGAAACACAAUUGUGAUGACUGUAAUAUGCUUGGAUCAUAAUCUGAGAACUCCAAAAUAUAUUGCAGUUUUUAAUUUAGCAUUUGUGGAUCUGUUUGGUAACACUGCUCUGGUGCCAAAGCUUCUUGACAUCUUCCUGUUUAACCAUCGCUACAUCAGCUAUAACAACUGCUUGACGUUCCUUUUUUUCUGCUUCACCUGCCUUUCAAUGCAGGCUCUUAAUCUGGUUGCACUCUCCUAUGACAGACUGAUAGCUAUCAUCUCCCCAUUGCAUUAUCAAGUGAAGAUGACCCACAGGUUCAUGCUGUCUCUGAUUGCCUCUUUCUGGGUCUUUGUCAUUAUUGUUGUACUUAUUGCAGUUGGCCUUCUAACAAGACUUUCCUUCUGUAAGUCUGUGGUUAUUAACAGCUAUUAUUGUGACCACGGCCCAAUGUACCGGCUUGGCUGCAAUGAUGUUACCCCUAGCCGUGUAAUUGCUGGUUUGUUAUCAAACCUUAUUAUUUGGCCUCCACUAAUAUUUAUCGUGGCAAGUUACUGCGGUAUUGGCUAUGCAUUGUUAAACAUUUCUACCGCCAAGGAAAGAGGGAAGGCCUUUAAAACCUGCACGGGCCACCUCUCAUUAGUGGCAAUUUAUUUCCUCCCUAUCAUAUUUGUAUAUCACUUUGGGGCUACAAUACAUCCAAAUGCCAGGAUCAUAAACUUAUCUUUGACUACUGUCAUCCCUCCCAUGUUGAACCCAAUAAUUUAUGUUUUGCAGACACAAGAAAUAAAAGUAUCUAUGAAAAAGUUAUUUAAAAUCAGAGGGCAAUCCAGAAUUGCCACAAACAAUUAGAACAUAUUUAGCCUUUUGUCAUUUUAAAUUUUGCAUCAGCAACACCAUACAAAAAGAGGUAGUGUGAAGUUUGAUUACUAAGUUUUAUUUUCUUUGUUGUUCUUUUGUUUAGUAAUAAUUUUAUGCAGAAUAUAUAUAAAUAUUAUGAUUAAUACUUUUACAAAACAAUUGAAAUUGAAAUUAACCAGUUAUACUACAAUUACACGAUAAACAUGUUUUUCUUAUUAUGUAUAAGCCUAAUGAAAAGACUUGGAGAACGACUCCAUAGUGCUUUGACAGAAGCUGAAAUAUAAUGUAAUGUGAACAUAUUGUAUGUGUAUAGCCAUCUUUAUAACAAAGAUAUUAAGAUAAAUGCCUCUCAAUAUAAUGCAGAAUUAAUUUACAAAACUAUUAUUUUAUAUUAUUCUCCAAAAAUGUCUCAAAGUAACAGCAGAAACCCAAAAUGCCAAAUUAAUGAUUAACAACCAUUGUAAUGGUUAAUACAUUUUUCAUAAAAUCAUAAUGAGCACGAGUGUAUAUUUUUCAUCAUUGCUGUCGUGUUUAAUUGGAUGUUGUUAUGUAGAGGGAGAACUUAUUUUUAUGAAAGCAAAUCAUUGUCUGAUCUAUAUAUUUGAAUUCUUAUUUUGAAAGUGGUUUUUAAAUUGAAAAUGUAGCCAAUAUUAUUGCUGUCUCAUACAGGACACUACAGCCUGUAAUAGCCAACACAGCUUAUAUUUUCUGAAAAAAAUUAUUAAUAAUAAUGAAAACAUUAAAAUCAUAUACAAAUGUAGUUAUGCAUUUCUAAGUGAAUAAACAAUUGUGAUCCAAGA